AAAGGUCAAAUUUUCUCUGGCCAUGUAGUGUUUCACAUUUAGUGUUUCAUUCCUCGAAGUGACUGCUUCAUUUUAUUCAAAAAUGAACAAUUCUUCAAAUGUUACAACUGCAAUAAUUUCGACAACAACGAUCGAUAACUUACUCAAGCAACACCAGUGUGAAUAUUUUCAUUAUAAUAAACUGGCACUUGGAUUAUGGAUUGUAGCUUCUGCACUUUGCUUCAUCGCGUUGUUGAGUACCAUUUACUCGGUUUUCAACGCAUUUCAACUAUGGAGUACGAUACAGGAUUUGGAUAAUGCAAUCAUCGAUUUGAUUGACGAGGCGUUGCAAAUUCUCCUUCCAAUCGAAAUCUGCAAACAAAUCUGUCAUCCUAAUCAUUUGGGUUCUGUCAAUGUGAACUACUCGACAAAUGGACAAAAACAGGAAACAAAACCAGGAAAAAAAGAUAAUCGAUAUCCAGAAGAUGUCACAUUUCCACCAUCUGAUAUUGAACGUGUUUAUGACACGAUGGGAGAUGAAGAUACUCGUAAAUCGAAGACUAUGACACUUGGAACUAUUGAAGAGCCUGCUCCAAAAUCGGCCAUGCUCAGCUUACAGAAGACACCAAAGGAGAGUGAGACUGAUCUGAAAAAGACAUUGCCACGUUCUCCUCCUCCAAUUCCGAAUCGUAAGCAGCCGUCUCGUGAGAUCAUGUUGACUCCGAAGCAAUCUACAAAGACUGCAAAUGCUGGAGGAAGAAGCAAGGAGCCGUCGUUGAAUACUGCAAUGAGCCAAGAGGCAGGAAAUAUCGAACCACGAAAGACUCCGAGUAAAGAUACAAUUGGAAGUACUGGAGUAUUGCCAUCAAAUCAGGAUAAGAAGACUCCGAGCAAGGAGAAGGAAAGUGUUAAAAAUACACCUGCUCCGACCCCGAAGCUAGGAACUGCAGAGCCCAUCUGAACUUUAUAGAUAAAUAAAUGCUGCUUUGAAU